AUGCCCCUCCUCCACGCGGGCUCCGCUCUGCUGGUGCUGCUCCUAAUCCUCCCGCAGGUGCACGCAUUCGGAGCUGGCAAUAUCGCAUCUAUCUCUGCUGUCGAAGGCAAGAACUGGCGCCAUGGCGACAUCGAAGAUGUUCUCAAGACGCUGGCAUUCAUCCACGGCCACAAAUGGACCGCAACCAUGAUCAAGCGUGUAUAUUUCGGCAACUGGUUGCGGGAUUACUCGCAGGCAAUGGACGUCGGCACACUCAAAAGUCUGCAGGCCGAGACUAUCCGCGUCCUGGUGUGGGUCCUUUCGUUCCUGAGCUUCGGGUAUGCGACGGGUGAAUUCGAAGUGACGUCUGAUCGAUUGGGUGUUUAUCGUCCGGAGGAACAUAUCGACAAUCCCAAGGAUUAUGCAGACAACGAAGAUGCACGCCAGUACGAUAAACGCCUGCGCCCACCCGUUCGCAAUAUCGAACUUGAAAUCGACCCGAACAGCGGAAUGAAGAACUAUAUCGCCAACGAACGAGGCGACUGGGCCACCAGCGCGGCAUACAUCAAGUUCAGCAUGAGCCGCAGCAUCCACUACGGACGAACAUACAUCCAUGGUGGGCAGAACAAGGGCAACGAGAAUGAUUUGUCUGAAGCGCUGCGGUGUCUGGGACAGGGACUGCACACGUUGGAAGAUUUCGCCGCGCAUACCAACUAUAUCGAGCUGGCGUUGCGCGAGAUGGGCAUGCGCAAUGUGUUCCCGCAUACUGGCGUGGCGACUGAGUGUAAUAUCCUUGGGAAGCGCGUUUUCCCGCUUGUCACUGGGACCUUUGGCAUGGUUGAUUUCUUCCAUUCCGUGCUGGGAGAGGCUACGGAUCAUUUCACGCAAUCUGAGGUCAAUGAGAUGGAUAUUGCUUUGGGGGAUGCUGAGACGAAUGCUCAGUCUAAUAACUCUCUUAAUGCUCUGACUGGUCUGCUCGGCAAGAUCCCUGGUACCAAGGAUCUUGUCUCCGAGGCUGAGAGUUUGAAGAGGUCAUCAGCCGCCCAGGAGUCUGCUAAUCGGAGUCGUAGUGUUGCCACGGGGUAUGCAGAGACCACUCGUGCUUCGGGUGGCAACCAAUCUUCUGGGGGAUCAGGACCCGGCACUGGGUUCGAGGGCAUGCCCGACUUCAACCCGCAGGAAACAGUUGCCAAGAUAUAUCCCAUUCUGGCAUUCCGCGACAAGGUCGUGCGCAAGCUCGACUCGAUUAUUGAAAAGAUCCCCGGGCUCGAGUCUCUUGUUGAGAAGAUCUCUGAGACUCUUACUGUCGUGAUCAUGUCGCUGCUGGCGCCGUUCGUGCGCCCUCUUAUCAAGGCGGCUUCCAAGUCCCUGCAAACCGGGUCAGCGGGUGUCAUUGACGCCUCGGGCAAGCACCAGUACGAACCUUGGACUGAUCCUCACUGCACUGAUCCCACCCACUCCCUGCUCUCAAAGGAUCAUUUCGCCAAUGUGCUUAACGAGCCCGCUGGUCAGGUCGCCUCUGCCAUUGUGCAGUAUGUCGCUCCUCGCAUCCUCUAUGCUUGGCAACACAUCGACGUCCCUGAGCACCAGGUUCUGGAAGAUUGCAUGCGCGUCUUCCACCACCCCGCCCUGCGUGAUAUGCACAAUGAGGCUCACCGGUCGAUGUUCGAGGCCGUCCAGACCUGGGUCCACUCUCGUUCAGACCGUGGCGCUUCUCUGAAUGACAUCCUUAGCUCGGAGGGUGUCAGGUUAGGCCGUAACACUGGCGGCGUCAGCCAUACCCACAGUGGCGGCCAUGGCGGAUUCCCAACACUGGCGGGUCAAAAGCCAAACAAGCACGGACACGGUAACAGCAAUGCCCAAAGCCACGGUCAAUCAUCGAGUGGUUUCUCGUCUUUCUUCCAACAACAAUCAAACAGCUCCUCUUCAAAUCACUCCUCCUCCUCUGGUCUGCCCUGGGAAAAACUCUCCUCCCUCCCAAUCCCAGGCAUGUCGAACCUGAACAAACUCGAAAGCAAAAUCUCGAACUUUAUUCCUGGCGGUCUGACUCGUGACAUUGGUGAAGAUGGUGGCCAGCAGCCGCGUGGCGGUUAUGAAUAUGGAUCACAACCUCACGCGGUUGGUGACUCGCAAGGGGGCCACAUCCAGCCAGAGUAUAAUCCGAAUACCGGCUAUGACAAUGUCCAGCAUGGUUCUUCUCAGUCGUACGCGGAGCAAGGCUCCCGCGGCCACGCCCACCACCAUGAGCACAGAUAUUGA